AGGUGAAAUUACCCAAUAUGCAUGGCUCGAAAGCAGAGAACAAUGAAAUUGUAACGGAAAGCCGCAAGAAAAAGGAUAAAAAAGGAGGUGGUGGAGCUUAUAUAAUGAUUCCACUGCUACUCGGCGGCACAUUCAUACCGAUUGCCUAUGGUGCUUUGGCCAUGCUGGCAGGCAAAGCAUUAAUCGUUUCCAAGCUAGCACUGGUCCUCGCUUCGAUUAUUGGCAUUAAGAAGUUACUCGGUAAUAAUAACAAGGAAUCGCAUGAAGUUGUCGUCUCCUCCGGUGGCCAUUCAGGUUGGGGGCGAGACAUGGACCUGGCAUACAGCGGCUGGAAAGCUGGCAAAGAGCAUACAAAGACAAUGUAGAGUAGUUAGUGAAACGAAUGGUGAACGUUCAGUAACCGAAUACAGUGACAGCUGGACCAAAGAUGUUGACGACAAAAGCUAGUUAAAUAUUUUAAUUAUCUAUUUACUUAAUUAUUUUAAAUCCAGAACUAUGACAGUCAAAUAUGUGUGUUAAGUU